UUCUUAUUUGCUAAAUCUACUUGUUUUUUUUCCUACAAAUGCUGAGAAUAAUCUCCCAAAAGUCAUUGGUCAAUGCGCAGUCUGUGUCAUUCACACAUGCACGCAUGAUGCUCCACACUUCGCCUGUCUUGGGUGUUGAACAUCAGUCUACUCUUUCUAGCGAAGAAAUCUCUAAGAAGCUUGGAAUUGAUUUUCAGACCACAAACAUUAUUCAGCAGGCCCUGACUCACAAGUCGUUUAAGCAUGGUCGCGUCCCCACAAACGAACGUCUUUUAUUGCUCGGUCGUCGUACAAUUGAAUUUAUGGUUACUGAAGCCGCCGUCGAAAGUGGAAGCAAAAACGUAGAAGAUAUCCGUUCUUUUGUUGAACGUUACUCAUCUCCCGAAGCUCUCUCUGCUCGUUUUGAUGCGCUUGAUAUUUCUGCUGGCCUUCAGACCGAUUUGAAAAAUGCCGUUCCUCACACUGUAAAGGCCCAUGCUAUGAAGGCUGUCGUAGGUGCAAUUUACCAUGACAAGGGAUCGGAAGUGACACGGGAGUUUUUGAAGAAACACUUACUCGUCUAGACAUACCAACAAAACAGAGACUAGUAAAGAAACAAAGCAAACUUUAUACAUACAACACAAAAUGAAGACGGCCUAUUUAGAAGUAUUGAUUUUUUUUUUAAAAAAAAUAAGAGAGUUCACCAAUCCUGGCUUACUUUGAGC